UAUAGCGCGCUGAGAGGACGGCAGCAACGAGUGAAGAAGGAAUGCCGUCAUUUUGCUGCGCUACUCAAGCCACAUUGUUUUUGUCACCAAUCAACGCAUAAAAAAAGAAUAACUCGGGACAAGUAGCUGCGUAACGAGUUGUGGACAAUGAAGCUGAACAUCGACGGUCUGUUGGUGUAUUUUCCUUAUGAUUACAUUUAUCCGGAGCAGUACUCCUACAUGCUGGAGCUGAAGAGGACUCUAGAUGCUAAGGGUCAUGGAGUUCUGGAGAUGCCAUCAGGGACCGGGAAGACCAUCUCUCUGCUGUCGCUCAUCGUUGCCUACCAGAGGGCUUUUCCUUUGGAAGUGACCAAGUUGAUUUACUGCUCCAGAACGGUUCCUGAGAUCGAGAAAGUGGUGGAGGAGCUGAGGAAGCUGAUGGAGUUUUAUGCCAAAGAAACUGAAGAAGUCAACAACUUCCUGGCUCUGGCGCUUUCUUCCAGAAAAAACCUGUGCAUCCACCCCGAGGUGAGCUCCCUACGCUUUGGGAAGGAGGUUGAUGGGAAAUGCCACAGUCUGACAGCAUCAUAUGUUCGUGCUCAACGCCACGGUAACCCCAACCAGCCUGUGUGUCGCUUCUAUGAGGAGUUUGAUGCAGUCGGACGUCAGGUUCCUCUUCCUGCAGGCGUCUACAACCUGGAUGACUUAAAGGACCUCGGCAGGAGGAAAGGCUGGUGUCCGUACUAUCUGGCUCGUUAUUCAAUUCUGCACGCUAACAUCGUCGUGUACAGCUACCACUACCUGCUGGACCCAAAGAUCGCUGACCUGGUGUCCAAGGAGCUCGCCAAGAAAUCUGUGGUGGUUUUUGAUGAAGCUCAUAAUAUCGACAACGUCUGCAUCGACUCCAUGAGUGUGAACAUAACCAGACGGACGCUGGACCGCUGUCAGAACAACGUGGACACGCUCCAGAACACAAUACAGCGGAUAAAGGAGACGGAUGCUGCUAAGCUGAGGGAGGAGUACAGGCGGCUGGUGGAGGGGCUGAAGGAGGCCAACGUUGCCCGGGAAACAGACGUUUACCUGGCAAACCCAGUGUUACCUGAUGAAAUCCUGAAAGAGGCGGUUCCUGGUUCCAUCCGGACCGCCGAGCAUUUUGUUGGGUUUUUGCGACGUUUUCUGGAGUAUUUAAAGUCCCGCCUGCGAGUGCAACACGUGGUGCAGGAGAGCGCCCCGCAGUUCCUCAAAGACAUCUUUGACAAAGUCUGCAUCGACCGCAAGCCCCUCAGGUUUUGUGCAGAGAGGCUGCAGUCGCUACUGCGAACUCUGGAGAUCACGGACAUCUCGGACUUCUCAGCCGUUACGCUCAUCUCUAACUUUGCGACUCUUGUCAGCACCUACAGCCAAGGUUUUACCAUCAUCAUCGAGCCUUUUGAGGACAGAACUCCCACCAUCGCUAACCCGGUGCUGCACUUCAGUUGCAUGGACCCUUCCAUCGCCAUCAAACCUGUUUUUCAAAGGUUUCAGUCCGUCAUCAUCACAUCGGGGACCCUCUCACCGGUGGACAUCUAUCCCAGAAUCCUGGACUUUCGUCCAGUUACCAUGGCGUCCUUCACCAUGACGCUGGCCCGGACCUGCCUCUGUCCUCUGAUCGUUGGGAGAGGGAAUGACCAGGUGGCUCUGAGCUCAAAGUUUGAGACCAGAGAAGACUUUGCUGUAAUCCGUAACUACGGUAACCUCCUCCUGGAGAUGUCUGCAGUGGUCCCUGAUGGGAUCGUUGCGUUUUUUACCAGCUACGUCUACAUGGAGAACAUCGUGGCGUCCUGGUACGAACAGGGAAUCCUGGAGAACAUCCAGAGGAACAAACUGAUCUUCAUUGAGACGCAGGACGCUGCAGAGACGAGCAUGGCUCUGGAGAAAUACCAAGAGGCAUGUGAAAACGGCAGAGGAGCCAUCCUUCUGUCCGUGGCCAGGGGGAAGGUGUCGGAGGGCAUCGAUUUUGUCCACCAUUUUGGGCGUGCAGUGAUCAUGUUUGGAGUCCCGUAUGUUUACACGCAGAGCCGCAUCCUAAAGGCCCGUCUGGAGUAUCUCCGGGAUCAGUUCCAGAUCCGAGAGAACGACUUCCUGACGUUCGAUGCGAUGCGUCACGCCGCCCAGUGCGUCGGCCGAGCCAUCAGAGGGAAGACUGACUACGGCCUCAUGAUCUUCGCCGACAAGCGAUACGCUCGAGCGGACAAACGGGGGAAGCUCCCUCGCUGGAUUCAGGAGCACAUCAACGACGGCAGCUUGAACCUGACGGUGGACGAGGCCGUCCAGCUGUCCAAACACUUCCUGCGUCAGAUGGCUCAGCCCUUCAGCCAGGUGGACCAGCUGGGUUUGUCUCUGCUGACUCUGGAACAGCUGGAGUCGCCCGAGAUGCUGAAGAAAAUCGCUCAGAUCGCUCAUCAGACUUAAAGCUGCGUCAUCACCAUGGGGACAGGUUUCAUGGGUGUUGUCAGACGAACCAGAACAGGAAGCCGUGGUGAAAGAACCUUUUGGACCAGGAGGAACUCCUCCAACAUCUUCUGAAUGUUUCUGAAUCUAAAGUUGAACCAGCAGACUAGUUCCAGGUUUUCUGUUGUAAAUACUUUUUACCGUGAAACAAAACAAAUGAUGAAAGACCUUGAA